AUUUUGACACUUAUGUGUCAUUUUUGCUGUAACUUUCUCUCCUCUUGUCUCUAUCCUGUCUUUUCUUGAUUUUUCUUAAGAUCUACCUUCCUCUUUUCUUUCUUCGUCCUUAUUUCUUAGUCACAGCUUUUCUUCUCUCUCAAUGUUCUCCUUAAGCAUCGUUUUACGCCGCCACCAUGCUUCUUUCAACAAGCAUCGUUCAUCCCUAAUAGCACCUCCAUGCUCCUCUUUCAAGCCGCCUCUAUCCAGCACAACAUCUCCUCACCUCCAUUACUGAUCUAUAUCUGCUUUGUUUGGAUUAUAGGUCAGGGUGUUCUUGAGAAAAUUGGAGAACUGAAGAAGCAGCUAUUUGAGAUUGAAAACCAACACAUCACGGCUCUCACCCCCGAAGCACCAACGGGUUCGAGACGUCUAGAGAUAGCCGUUAAGAAUGGUAAGAAGCUACAGAAUGUACAUCGGACUCAUAGCCUGAAGGCUUACCCGGUCGUUUACAUCGGCUAUGAAGACGGUGAGAUCGUCGAUGAAUUAAAGCCAAAAAAACCUGCUGACCCAGUCGAUGGUUCAAACCCUGUGUGGGACGCCAAGUUCACCAGAGACUUUGAUGAGGCCGGGCAGGAAAGGCUUUAUCUCUUUGUUAGGGUUGAAUCUAAUCGCAAAAUCCGUUCAGGCAGCAAAUUUGUCGGUGAAUUUAGUGUUGCCAUUAAAGACCUACUUAAAGAUUUUGGUGAUGCUGUUGACAAGAAAUCAGUCAGACAAGAUAUCAUGAACAAGAAAGGGGAGGCCCAUGGGAAAGUAACUUUUGAGUACAAGUUCACGGGAACUCUCGAUCCUCAACCUGCAGAUCCUCCUCUUCCUCAGGAGGAUUCUCCUCAACCUGCUAAUGGAAGGCAUGACAGCAACCGUCACUCAUUUCUUAGGGCAUUUGCAGGGAAAGUGGUGAGGACUCUGGUGGGUGAGUUGCUCAAUAUUGUGGUAGGAAGGAUUUUGAAUUAAGCCUUAAAUGGCUAGGAAGUCUUCAACUGUUUUAGUGUUUGUGGCUGUUAUUGGUUCUUUGUAUGAACUAUUAAUGGAGUUGCAUUAGAAUACUUGAGUUUUGGUUUUAAAUUAAUGGAUUAGAAUUAGAAAUA